AUGGGGCUGUCCAAUCCGGAUACUCCCACGAACUCGGGACAGCUGGUGCUGAAGGAUCAGCAAAGCCAAAAGGCUCUACACCAGGACACAGGGAAUGUCGAAAAUCAAUCCGGUGUCUUCACGGACUACAGCAACCAAGACCACUCCAGGUGCAAUGCUCGCACUGAGCCCAUAGCCACGGAGUACUUUCACCGUCUGGUGGACAAACUGCCUGAGGCACACGACAUGAGCGCUCAGAUGAAUCUGCAGCUGAACAAGACAUUCCUAAAACGGCUGGACGAGAUGAGUGCCUACACAAUCCACCCCAGAGGCUGGGGUUGGAUUGCCUCCCACUCCAGCUGCGCCUGA